AUGGCAGCUACAAAGGAGAAAAAAAGUGUUGCCAUAAUCUUUGGUGUCACUGGACUUGUUGGGAGAGAGUUAGCUAAGAAACUAAUUUUCCAAUCUUGUUGGAAAGUUUAUGGUAUAGCUAGAAAUCAAGAAACACUAGUAUCAAACACCCUUUUGAGCCCUUAUUACAAUUUCAUUUCUUGUGAUUUGCUUAACCCUUUAGAGACUCAAAAAAAGUUAUCGUUAUUACAAGAUGUUACACAUGUGUUUUGGGUGACAUGGGCUAGUCAAUUUCCAUUAGAUACACAAGAAAGUUGUGACCAAAACAAAGCCAUGAUGUCAAAUGCUUUGGAUUCUUUGCUCUCAAAUGCAAAGAAUCUAAAACAUGUUUCACUUCAAACAGGUACAAAGCACUAUGUAUCACUUCAAGUUCAAGCCCCUUUUGAUGAACAAAAGAAGAAAGUGAAGUACUACAAUGAAGAGUUUCCAAGGAUGAGUAAAAGCCAUAAUUUCUACUAUGCAUUAGAGGAUUUGCUCAUGGAGAAAUUGAAUGGCAAGGUUUAUUGGUCAGUGCAUAGGCCUGGUUUAUUAUUUGGAAAUUCAAUUAGAUCAUUUUAUAAUUUUAUGGGAAGUUUAUGUGUUUAUGGGUCAAUUUGUAAAAAAAUGAAUCUCCCUUUUGUGUUUGGUGGAACAAAAAAGUGUUGGGAGGAGCCUUACAUUGAUGGGUCAGACGCGAGGCUUGUAGCUGAUCAACAUAUUUGGUCAGCUACAAAAAGUGUUAUAGUUUCUACUAAUGGACAAGCUUUUAAUUCAAUCAAUGGCCCAAGUUUCACUUGGAAAGAAAUUUGGCCAAUUGUUGGAAAAAAGAUAGGAGUUAUAGUCCCUCAAGAAAUGUUUGAUGGAGAUUUUUGGUAUUCAAAAGCUAUGAUUGAGAAGGAACAUGUUUGGGAAGAGAUUGUGGAGGAAAAUGGUUUGGUGAAAACAAAAGUUGAAAAUUUAGUUAAUUGGGAAUUUUUAGAUGCUUUAUUUAGAUUCCCUUUUAAGCUUAUGGGGAGUAGAGAUAAAGUUGAUGAGUAUGGUUUUGGUGUAAGGUAUAAGACUUUGAAUUCAAUAUUGUAUUGGAUUGAUUGUAUGAGAGAUGAGAAGGUGAUUCCUUAA